UGAUCUUCCCAGAUGUCCCAGAUCAUCCGAAGACCCUGCAGAGAAUACAAAGCUAUAAUUCGGUCAUUGAAAAACUACCGACGUAGAACUAGAGCAUGAGAAAGAGACCAGAGAACUGCAUACACUAGCACCAGUGCGAGCGAUUAAUGUAGAUUCCAUUCUAGGGAGAAGAACGCAAUUAGAGCUGGAAGUGGCAACGUCACGGGUUAUCCGCGCAAAAGCACGGAGCUGGUGGCAACCAACAUGAGAACAUCAAAUCCCGCUUCAAAGUACAUGCCCGCACGCCCACUAUAUUCCAAGCGAAUUCCCUCGCAACAGGGAUCCUCCCAUUCUGUUCAACUCUUCCAACCUGGUUGUGUCCCAUUCUCUGUUCCAGGUCGUGCCGCAACGGACAAAAGACAAGGCACCGGGAAAAGUCCAUCCCCGAUGCUUCCUGCUUCGCUGUUUGAUGCAGGCCCAGGCCCAACAAAUGUAGCGGGUCUCCAUCGCGCAAGGGCACCGGAGUGCAAGCCAUGUGCGAUGGGCCGUGGUCGGGGUGUGAAGAUCAGAAAUGAAGGCCGGCCGUCAUCAUCAUCGUCAUCGUCAAUGUCAAGAACUGUUUGCUGCAUGAAACGAGCGACUUCCUAGCGAGCUUAGGCUAACCCUAGAGGUUUUGCUGGUUUAUCAGCGGGGUCUCGGGAGAGUUGGAGUUCCUCGGUGCGCUUUUGUUCGGCCUUGCGGCGCUUGUCCUUGGACUCAUUGACCUGGCAAGA